AUGGGGCUAAGGUCAACAUAUAAAGAAGACCUACAAGCGACACCGUCAGAGCUGGUUUAUGGCGCAAACAUACGCUUGCCGGUAGAAAUGUUCGAUGACGAAGACAAACAAGUACCGCAAACGGAGUUUGUAAAGAUAAUAAAAGCAAUGAUGAGAGAGCUGAAACCGUUACAAACCUCACGUCAUAUGGCGGAAAAACCGUUCGUGCAUAAGGAUUUAAAAAGCAGUUCACACAUAUUCCUACGUAACGAUGCUGUACGUCCUCCACUGAAACAACCAUACAAGGGUCCGUAUGAAGUGGUAAGUCGUAGCGAAAAAACCUUAAAAAUUAGGGUAAAAGGACGGACAGUAAAUGUUAGUGUGGACCGCGUAAAAGCCGCAUACAUGGCGAAUGAAACCGGGGAAAGUUUGACAGGAGAACGAAUGGAAGAACCUAACCGCAGUGACUGUAUUCAACAUACACCGAAGGUGACUCGAACGGGAAGGAUUGUACGGUUUCCAACGAAGUAUACUGGAUAA